GCAUGAGGUCGAAAAACGCCUUUCUCCCAUACCGCCUGAAACACAGAGCUUGAAAGAUGAGGCGCUUUCUGAAACGACACAAAAGUGCGAUACGGAUUCCCGUCUGAUGAAUGAAAGCGCGGAUUUGCCCUUUCAUGCGGAUUUAAAACUUUCAUUUGUGCGGCUCUGUUUGGGCCUCAGCAGACCCCUUGACACUACUCUGCACCCCUGAGAAGAUAUUUAUUAUUUAUCAAGACAAUGAGUGAACAGGGUUUUUCUGCCACCGCUCUACUUAAGCGCUAUCGUUUGGCCACAACGGAGUCAAACUCGGUCUCCUCCUCGCCAUCUGGGACUGCUGCCCAGGACUCAUCAGAGGGUAAGGACCCUUCAGCAGAUGAAGAUUCAAAUUUUCCCAUGUCGUCUCUGGCGGAACUAGUGGAGAAUGAGGAUGAACCACAGCCAGCCCAAGAUUCGCCACAGGGUCCAGCUCGAACGGGGCAAAAUCUUGACCCGAAGCAGAACAUGCGAAUAAGGUUCCCGGGGCCUUUUAAAAAGGCGGUUCCUAAUCCUAUGGACCUCCUGGAGUCUGAGUAUCCAGUAGCACCUGGACCAAAGAAGGCACCUAUGGACUCUCUGUUUGACUAUGGCAGCUGUAGAGAGACCAACAAUCAGAAGAAACGCAGGAAGAAGCUUCCACGGGGGAAGGCAGAAAUGGAGAUGUCAUGUGACGAUGGAUCCCCAGAACCUCAAGUCCUUAAAGUCUUCAACCGCUGGCUGCUGUUUGAAGCCGUAUCACGAGCGGACCCGAAAGCUCUGGAUGGUCUCCUACCAUAUCUACAGUUGCAAGAAAAGAGGCUAACAGAUGAAGAGUUCAAAGAGCCUUCUACAGGGAAGACAUGUCUACCAAAAGCUCUACUGAAUCUGCAGAACGGACAAAACGACACCAUCCCCAUUCUGUUGGACAUCGCAGAACAGACAGGAAACCUGAGAGAGUUUAUCAACACACCAUUUAGAGACGUAUAUUACCGAGGUCAGACGGCACUGCAUAUUGCCAUAGAGCGCCGUUGCAAACAGUAUGUACAGCUUCUGGUGGAGAAGGAGGCCGAUGUUCAUGCCCAAGCCAGGGGCCGAUUCUUUCAACCCAAAGAAGAGGGUGGAUACUUCUACUUUGGUGAGCUUCCCCUUUCGCUCGCAGCUUGUACCAACCAGCCGGACAUGGUGCAUUACCUGACCGAGAAUACACACAAAACGGCAGAUCUGCGAAGGCAGGACUCCAGGGGAAACACAGUGCUGCAUGCCCUGGUUCAUAUCGCAGAUAACACCCGAGACAACACUCGCUUUGUCACCAAGAUGUACGACUUGCUGCUCAUUAAAUGUUGCAAGCAGUACCCAGACUGCAACCUGGAGAAUAUACUUAACAAUGAUGGCAUGUCCCCCCUCAUGAUGGCUGCCAAGCUGGGCAAACUUGGGGUUUUCCAACACAUCAUUCGGAGAGAGAUUAAAGAUGAGGAGGCCCGACAUUUCUCUCGAAAAUUUAAGGACUGGGCGUACGGACCCGUGUACUCCAAUCUCUAUGAUCUUUCCUCCCUGGAUACCUGUGGAGAGGAAGUAUCUGUUCUGGAGAUACUUGUCUACAACAGCAAGAUUGAGAAUCGUCAUGAGAUGCUGGCUGUGGAGCCCAUUAAUGAGCUGCUGAGGGCCAAGUGGCAGAAGUUUGCUGCUGUGACUUUUUACAUCAGUGUGUUUUCAUACCUUGUCACCAUGAUCAUCUUCACUCUUGUGGCCUACUAUCGCCCAUCAGAGGGAAAACCCCCCUACUCCUAUAACACUACCGGAGACAAGCUACGUUUGGCAGGGGAGCUCAUAACCGUGACCUCUGGCCUAUUUUUCUUCAUAACGAAUAUUAAGGAUCUUUUCCUGAAGAAGUGCCCAGGGGUGAAUUCUUUAUUUAAUGAUGGAUCCUUUCAAGUGCUCUACUUUAUCUACUCCGUGCUGAUUCUGGUGACCGCAGCGCUAUAUCUGUCAGGAAUCGAGGCUUACGUGUCUGUGAUGGUGUUUGCUCUCGCUCUGGGUUGGAUGAACACACUUUAUUUUACCAGAGGCCUUAAACUCACUGGAACCUACAGCAUCAUGAUCCAGAAGAUUCUCAUUAAAGAUUUGUUCCGGUUCCUGCUGGUGUAUGUGCUCUUCAUGAUUGGCUAUGCAUCAGCGUUAGUUUCUCUCCUGAACAUCUGCCCUGAGAAGAAGACCUGCAACGAUUCCUGCCCCACAUACCCAGAAUGCCGAGACACAAACACAUUCAGUGAAUUUCUGCUCGAUCUGUUUAAGCUGACCAUUGGCAUUGGAGACCUAGAUAGCAUGCUUAAAGGAGCAAAGUACCCCGGUGUGUUCCUCGUUCUCCUGGUCACAUACAUUAUUCUCACCUUCGUCCUGUUACUCAACAUGUUAAUCGCUUUGAUGGGGGAGACGGUGGGUCAGGUGUCCAAAGAAAGCAAGCAGAUCUGGAAACUGCAGUGGGCAACCACUAUCCUGGACAUCGAGCGUUCCUUCCCUGUGUGUCUGCGGAGGUCUUUCCGGGUUGGAGAGAUGGUUACUUUAGGCAAGAACUUGGAUGGAAUGCCGGACAAACGUUGGUGCUUCAGAGUCGAUGAGGUGAAGUGGUCCCACUGGAAUCAAAAUCUAGGGAUCAUAAAUGAGGAUCCUGGCCAGAAAGACUAUUAUGAAAACACGCAAGGAGGGCGGGGCCUUCGCAGAGAUCGCUGGUCCACGGUCGUCCCAAGAGUGGUUGAACAGAACAGGGGUACAAGAGAUCAUUGUGUAGAGAUGGAGCUGCUCACAGCCAAACACAGACACAAAUCUGAAAGCUAAAGCUGGACAAUUAUGUAUUUUUUUUUUUAUUAAAACUGCCAGUAGUUCUAGAGUCCAUAUUAGAACAGCCAUAUAGUUUUUUUUUAUUUACUUUUUAUCAUGAUGUAUUAUGUAUACUGUAUAUAGACCCAUGAAACACUCAGGGACAAUCUGUUUUUUAGGAAAUCUGUUAUGUACAAGAGAGAUUGGGGUGUUUCUCAUGGCGUGUGCAAUAGAUUGUAUAAAUGAAAAGUUUUUAAGUUAUUUCGACGCACACAGUGCCUUUGAUCUGGGUAUCGGUGUCUACAGUGCAUUUACUGUAUGCGUUCUGUUCUUCCGCUGACAACCUUGGCAUUAUUUUAUGGAUCAAUUUUAUGUCAUCAAUUUUCAUUACCUCAGUGUAAAAAGUGCCUUGUGAUAAUCACCGCAUAAAUUUGAUGAAAUAUCAUACUCUUGUGCUUACCAUAAUGGUAAAGACUAAAUAAAAAAGGAUCAAUUUUGUUUUAGA